AGCUGAGCUGUUGGAUUCAAACCGAGCGGGGCGCGGAAGCGGGCGGUUAGUCUGCGGGCUUGUGCGUGAAGAGAGCCGGUUGGGUCGUUGCUGCUGCUGCCGCCGCCUCUCGCUAUGGCCCACAAGCAAAUCUACUACUCUGACAAGUACUUUGACGAGCAGUACGAGUACCGACAUGUGAUGCUGCCAAGAGAACUUUCAAAACAAGUGCCAAAAUCCCAUCUAAUGUCUGAAGAGGAGUGGAGACGACUUGGUGUUCAGCAAAGUCUUGGCUGGGUUCACUAUAUGAUCCAUGAGCCAGAACCGCAUAUUCUUCUCUUCAGAAGACCUCUUCCAAAGGAUGAGCAGAAGUGAACCAUUGCCUAUAAAUCUUCUCCUAAAUCUUCUGGAACUAUGUAUAUGAGUGUAUAUAUGUUGGUAGUAUUCAGUGAAUACUUUAAAAUGUACAAAACAUACAUCCAUACCUGUGCAUGAGCUGUAUUAUUCACAGCAACAAAGCUCAGUCAAAUGCAAUUCCAAGUAGGCUGCUAUGGUGUUCAAAGAGUGAUGAACUUAUCUUCUUUACUGUUAAUGUAAGUGCCUGUCUGACUCUUCAGUGAAUUUUAUUAAAGUUUACGUAUUGCA